GUUUUGAUUUGUAACAAUCUUCUGUGGCAUAAUCGCACAUUUAGCUGUUCAGCCACUCUCACUUGAAAAAGUAAAGGGACAAUGCAUUACCCUUAGCCCUGUGAGGCCAGAGAAAUUUGAUGUUCUCGAAAGGGAAGAUAUGGAAGCUUUUGACAACGUCACGCCAGCGAAAGCGGAGGCUGCUACUCUAACAUUUUCCACCGAUCAAGUAGCUUGUGUUUGCGAUGCGUUGAGGCAGUCGGGAGACAUCGAGAGGUUGGCUCGAUUUCUAUGGUCACUCCCACCAAACGAGCUUCUAAGCGGAACGGAGAGUGUGCUGAAAGCGAGAGCUUUCGUUGCUUUUCACCGUGGAAGGUUCCGCGAAGUGUACACGAUACUCGAAAGUCAUGAAUUUGAUCCGUCUUCGCAUGAAAUGCUGCAGAACAUGUGGUAUAAAGCUCAUUACUGCGAGGCCGAGAAGUUGCGUGGACGAGAGCUUGGAGCUGUGGAUAAAUACAGGAUAAGACGAAAGUAUCCACUCCCACGGACUAUUUGGGACGGCGAGGAAACAGUUUACUGUUUUAAGGAAAAAUCACGGCAGCUGCUGAAGCAAUGUUACGAGCAAAAUCGCUAUCCUACCCCGCACGAGAAGCGACUCAUCGCUAAACAGACCGGAUUAACUUUGAAGCAAGUGAGCAAUUGGUUCAAAAAUAGAAGACAACGCGACAGAAUUCCCUCGAACAAAAGCGACGAAUCACUAAGGAAGAGCAUAGAAACAAUGGCCCCAGAUUCUCCGAAUGGAGGUGUGGAUGAAACACUAUUGAGUGGUAAUGUCGAGUCUGAAGACGAUGAUAUUCCUCCGCCAUUGACGAAAACUGAACAAGAAUUAUUAAACAACUGUCUGUAUCCUUCAGCGAAUCUCAACGGACCGGGCGAGGCGGUUCAACUAGUGUGCGUAGAAAUGCCGAGCGAAGAAGUAAUUGUUGUGAAGAAGGAGCAAUUUUAACGUUAGAAAAUUGAGAAACUCGUGCAUGCUGUAAACUUCAAACUUUGAAAAUGGCAGAGAACGUGUCCUCGAUGAUUUCGGGAGACAAUGAAAUUUGGAUUGAACUGAAAAUGAGUUUUGUAUAAUUAAUUUCUUAUGAAGGAAUGUCAGUCUCUAAAGUUGUGUCAGAAGCAAGCCAAGGACAAUAACUUCAAUUGCGCCAAAGUGAGUUUUCUUUCGUGUUAUUAUUGUACAAAAUGCGACUUGUUAUUUUAGUAACUCGAAUGACAGGAGACAGAUAUAUGUCUAUCGCGUUGUUAUCCGAUCUUCAGGUGGGAAAGAUCGAAAGAAAAAAUGAACAGUUCCACUAUUCCAGUCGUGUGUGAAGCCACUCAGGUGGCGAGAGAGCUAGAGGCUAGUAUGAUUUUCAUUUUCGCACACUGAUUUUGGAUUCCCCUGAUUCGACUUUUUAAGAAGCUGGAAAAGAAGGACUGCUCAUAUCUGUGAUAGAUGGGUGGCGGGCGACACAGAGACAUAUCAUAACAGAACGCCUUUCAUCAGAUUCUAAGUGCAUAUCAGUCAUCUGUUUAUCUUCGUUUCGAAACACUAUACGGUUUGAAGGUGAUUAGUGGUAAAGACCUUUCGCGAAGUAAUGUAAAACGUGAUCGGUCAUUCUCGGUUUUAUUAAAUCGAUUUCCGUUGCCGGCGACAGCGACAUUCCAUGGGCAUUACAGCGUCCUCAAACGAUAUCUACAACACGUUGAUGAAAUUUUAAUGUAAUAAUCCUUUCAUGAGAAAAUAAUGUACACAAUGAAAUGUUCGCUCCAGUUAAAUAAAAAUACGGAACUUGCAAAUGA